AUGCGGCGUUGGACCACUUCAAGGAGUUCACCCUCAGGUGAACGCCUCUUCCACCUGAGGCAGGGGACAAGGAGCGCCCAGGAGUUCGCCCUGGAAUUUCGGACCCUGGCCGCCGGAGAGGGAUGGAACGACAGGGCCCUUAUGGACCGCUGCAGCCUGCGCGAGGAUGUCCGUCGGGAGUUGGCCUGCAGGGAUACCACCUUCACUUUCGACCAGCUGGUGGACCUGUCCAUUCGGUUGGACAACCUGCUGGUCACCUGCGGACAUCCAGAAAGGGGUCUGUCGGUUCCCUCUCCCAACACCACCGCUCUGGUGCCUAUGGAGCUGGGAGUUGCUGCGCUCAGGGAGGACGGAGGAGGGGCCUUCACGUGCACCAUCUGUGGCCGCAGAGGUCACACUGCCGGUCGGUGCCAGGUUGGUUCAUCUGGGGGUCGAGGCAGCAGGCUGGGCACUCUGGCCUGCACCACUCUCAUCCAGAGCCCUCUGUUGAGAACGACCAAGGUCAUGUUUGAUUGGCCCAACAUCACAGUGCCCAGCUCUUCAGAGCAGGGCCUGAAACCAGGAGAUGGGGAUCUGCAGAGGUCUACAUGUGUCCUGGGCUUCUUCCCUGUCAUCUAUUAUAGCUCCCUCCUCUGUGUGGGAGUACCAGUAAACAUACUGACUGCAGUGGCUCUAUCCCGGCUGGCAGCCCGUACUAAGAAGGCUAUGCAUGUGUACCUGCUGGCUCUGACAGGCUCUGACAUCCUCUCCCAGCUCUUCAUUAUCUUCGUGGGCUUUCUGCUAGAAACAGCUGUGUUCCACCGUGAAGUCCCCACCCUCCUCCUGCGCUCGGUUAGCAUGGCAGAGUUUGCUGCCAACCACGCCUCUAUCUGGGCCACCGUACCCCUAACCGUGGACCGCUACGUGGCACUGUGCCAUCCGCUCCUCCACCGUCAGAUCAGCUACCCGGCACGAGCGUGGCGGAUUAUCACCAUCGUCUUUUCCCUGGCGCUGUUGUCAGGCAUACCAUUCUUCUGGUGGUCUGACAUGUGGCGCGUUGCCCACCCGCCCACCUCCCUGGACUCUGCCCUCAUAUGGACACACGUGAUGAUAAUCUACUUCCUGCCGUGUAGCAUCUUCCUGGUUCUGAACUUGCUGAUCAUUCACCGGCUGCAGGCGCGGCAGAGACAGGUCCCGUGCCAGGAGGAGCGUGGUGGUAGCGGGGCCCGGUUGGCUCCCCAGCGGCGCCUGGGUAAGAGCACUGCCAUGCUGCUCGCCAUUACCUCCGCGUUCGCCAUCCUUUGGGCCCCCAGGACUAUAGUGGUCAUCUAUCAUCUAUACGUGUCCUCGGUCCACAAGGACUGGCGGGUCCACCUUGCCUAUGACCUGUCUAACAUGCUGGCCAUGCUCAACACUGCAGUUAACUUCUUCCUCUACUGUUUCGUCAGUAAGCCAUUCAGAGCGUCCGUGAGGGAUGUUCUGUUGCUCAGGGGGGGUCCGUUGUACCACCGAAGGAUAAUCCACAACCAGCAGGCCCAAGACAAAGCCUCUACGUCCUUGCUGUCUAGCGGGACAAACGCUUACACCGAGACUACCAACCGCAUCCCCCUAACACCCUGCAGGGCUAACGAGACCAUGUGACCCUGACCUUGAUCCUUAAUCCUGAGAUGAGACCCCUCUAAUUGAGACCAGCCCCCUCGUCCACCCCAUCUCUCCAUCCCCUCUAUUAUGCCAUUCCUCCAGCCCAUGAACAAUAUGACUUCGACCUUAACUAUGGGACCUCGCUAAUUGAGACAAACCCUGUACUCUCUUCCCUCCAUUUCCUAUCCCCUCUAUUAUGCCAUUCCUCCAGAUCAUGAAUAAUGUGACUUCGACCUUAACUAUGGGACCUCCCUAAUUGAGACAAACCCUGUACCCUCUUCCCUCCUUCUCCUAUUCCAUGCCUCUAUCCGUCCCCUCCAUCCCCCCAUUCCACUGUCCCCCAACACCCCAUCCCACAGACCAAGUGACCUUGAAGUUUAGACACCCCCUUAAUUGAGACCAAACCCUCCACUCACCCCAUCCCCUCAUCCCACGAACCAUGUGACCUUCACCCUGAGACCCCAGAUCAACCCCCUUCACCCAUCCUCUUAUUGCCCCAUCUCUCUAUCCCUCCAUCCCACCAUCCAUCCCCCUAUCCCACGGUUGCCCUAAGCACUUAUGACCUCUGAACCACAGAGAACCACAGAGUGCAUUC